AUGGUUCUGGCAAAGUCCAAGAACUCGGUCGGUUUGGGCAAUGCCCUUAUGAACGAUCGCUUCGGUAAAGGCAAGGGAGCCGAAAGGAAGCGAACUUCUGCCAUCACCAGAACGAACCACGCUACCGGCGAACAAUAUCUCGUCAACGAGAAGAAGGAUGCUUCUUGGGUCAAGAUGCGCUCCGUCACGGAGCAAGGCGAUUUGGACGAGUUUUUGGCUACCGCCGAGUUGGCAGGAACCGAUUUCACUGCCGAGAAGACGAACAAUGUCAAGAUUAUCCACACAGACCAGAAGAACCCAUACCUUCUUUCGGCGCAAGAGGAGAGAGACGUUCUUGGAAAGCAUAAGCAGCACAAAGGCCGUUUAUCUGUGCCUCGAAGACCCAAGUGGGAUUCCACAACAACACCAGAGGAGCUGGAUCGACGAGAGCGAGAGAGUUUCCUUAAUUGGCGACGCGGCCUGGCUGAACUGCAGGAAAACAACGAUCUUCUUAUGACCCCCUUCGAAAGAAAUUUGGAAGUUUGGCGACAACUCUGGCGUGUUAUUGAAAGAUCUGAUCUGAUCGUCCAGAUUGUUGAUGCGAGAAACCCUUUACUAUUCCGCUCUGAGGAUCUCGACGAUUACGUCAAGGAAAUCGACCCCAAGAAAGAGAGCCUUCUUCUUAUCAACAAGGCAGACAUGAUGACACCCAAGCAACGAAAGGCUUGGGCGAAGCACCUAAAGGAGGCAGGUAUUGCUUAUCGUUUCUUCUCGGCCGAGUUGGCCAAGGCAGAGAAUGAGGCAAGGGAUCUUGAGGAUUCAGAUGACGAGUCAGCUGCUUCCGCCCCGGAACCAACCGAGGAGCAGGGAGAAGGCAGCGGCCACCAAGAGCAAGAAGGCGCUCCUCUGACUGAAGAGCCCGCAAAGGAGACACAGAUCGAUCAGGAGGCCAAGGCAGCAGAUGAGGCAGACGAUGUUGAUACACAAAUUUUGACAGUUGAGGAGCUGGAGGGUAUUUUCUUGCAGCACGCUCCUACAGACGCUGGCUCAGAUCAUAAGUUGCAAGUUGGUUUAGUCGGUUACCCCAACGUUGGUAAAUCGUCCACAAUCAACGCUCUUAUCGGCGCCAAGAAGGUCUCUGUUUCAUCGACACCCGGAAAGACCAAGCACUUCCAAACCAUCCACCUCAGCCCGAACGUUAUCCUUUGCGAUUGUCCCGGUCUCGUCUUCCCCAACUUUGCCACCACCAAGGCCGACCUCGUCUGCAAUGGUAUCCUUCCUAUUGAUCAGCUUCGUGAAUUUCUCGGUCCCGUUGGUCUUGUUACUCAGCGCAUCCCUCAGCCUUUCCUUGAGGCUAUUUAUGGUAUUCGCAUCCGUACUCGAGCCAUCGAGGAGGGCGGUACCGGAAUUCCCACCGCUAGCGAGCUUCUCCGCUCCUACGCUCGUGCACGUGGUUUCCAGACGCAAGGUCUUGGUCAGCCCGAUGAGUCCCGAGCUGCUCGUUACAUCCUCAAGGAUUACGUGGGUGGCAAGCUGCUAUUUGUUUCGCCGCCUCCAGGAAUUGAGGAUGCUGCCGACUUCAACCGUGGACUCUAUGACGAGGAGCAUCUCCCCGAGAAGCGACGUGCUGCCCUGUCUGCUGCUAUGGAUCAGCUCUCUGUUGCCGACCCAGCCAGCAGCGAGCCUUUCCUUGCCAUGGACGACGAUGCCAUUGAUUUAGAGUCAACCGUCGAUGUCCCUCUUCCCGCUGGCCCCAAGUCCCAGAAGCUCGACAAGGGUUUCUUCGGGCCAUCCAGCUCUCAAGGUCAUGUUACCAAGCCUUUUAACUACCAAUACUCAGAGCAAGGCAAGGAGGACCCUCUGGCAGGCAAGCACCUGUCAGGCCGAAAGGCUCGCACAAUGGUUGCUCUUGAGAGCGGCCUCGACCCCAAGGAUGUUGCGAUGGCUUCCAGUAAGAAGCACUUCAAGGGCAACCCCAAGGGUGGAAAGGGCAAACGACGUGCUGCUCGUAAGGCAAACGCCGAAGAGGACUAA